UUUCUUAUGCUCUAUAUAUAAUGGAACCUCUAUCUUUGUUCUCCCUAUAAGCCCGGCCAUAAAACCCACUAGAGUUUUUCCUUUUGUUUAUUGGCUUUUCUUUCCUUUUGGUUUCUUCUCUCUCUUUGCACAUUCCAAGCUCACAUGGGUUACUAUGCUUGAUUUCAAUCAGCUAAGUUAGGUCAAGUUUGGUUGGUUGAGAGAUCAGUCAAGCAAAAGAUACGAACUUAACAUAGCUGGUUGAGGAGGUUUCUUAAGAUUUUAAGGAUGGAAAGCCAAAACUUUGUUGUAAAUGGAGGGAUCAAGAUGCCCAUCGGCUUCAGGUUCCGUCCUACAGAGGAAGAGCUUGUGGUUCAUUACUUGAAGAGAAAGGCUUUAAGUCUUCCAUUACCUGCUUCUGUUAUUCCUGAGUUUGAUGUUUUCCAGACUGAUCCUUGGAGCUUGCCAGGUGAUUUGAAAGAAAAUAGGUAUUUCUUUAGCACAAGAUAUGGUACUGGCAGUAACAACAAAUGCAAGAGAGUAGCUGGUUCUGGCUACUGGAAGCCAAUAGGCAAAGAGAAGCCAAUUUUAGCUUCUGGAGGCAAUCAAGUAGUUGGGAUGAGAAAAGCUUUGAUUUUUUGUGAAGGGAAGCGUUCUAAUGAGACUAAGAAUCAAUGGCUUUUGCAUCAAUAUCGCCUGGUUGGCUUUGCGGCCGCGGCAGCGGCAACUCUUGAUUCAACCCAGGUGUCCAAGAGGGAAUUGUUUGGAGAUUGGUUAGUUUUUCGGGUGUUUCAGAGAAAGAGAAAAGCUAAAAAACAUAGAGCCGUUUCUAACAAAAGUCAGACAACUAGUGCAGUGACCAUGCCAAGUUGUAUUGAUUUUACAGUGGAAGACUGCUCUGUCUUUGGUCCUCCUCAACCUACUUCACCAAGUGCAAGUGAAAUUACUGAGUUUUCUUCCGAUGGAUUAGAUCAAGAAGAAAGUAAUGCUUUCAUUACUAGUUCUUCUUCAAAUUUGUGUAUGAGAAAGCAGUAAAAACAGUUUCACUAGACUUUGUAUCAGAUCUUUUUACUGUUGUGCAACAAAUAUAUGAGAAGAAAUGGGCAAAAAGGAGAAAGAAAAGACAAUUUUAAAGGUUUUUAAGAA